AUGAAACACUGGUGCCGAAACCCGGGAAGAGGACAUUCCAAGGCCUGCAGGAUGAUGGAACCGCAGGAACAAGCCACGAAGUCCUUGCUUUUGUCCAAGAGGAAAUCCCUUCGUCAGCGGUUGACAACCGUGCUCAACGAGGCCGAACGCCUGCUCGAGACGACCGAUGUUCCCGCUGACCAUGCUGGCCGUUGCGAGCUACUGACCAAACGUAUCAAGACGUUCGCUACUUCUCUGGACGAAGUUGACAGAAAUCUGGAGACCUUGUUCACCGUUGAACAAGCUGAUGCCGAAUUUGACAAGGUAUUGGAAUAUCAGGACCGCGUAGCCUCGAUAUCAUGCUUAUUAAGGAGGAGCCUUGUGCCUCAGCCCAUCGCCCAGGCCUCGACGACCGCGGCUACAGUCCAGACCUGUGCUGCUGCGCCACAGGGAGGUACUGGUCAUACAGCGUCGGGAUCCAUUCUGAGCUCUACUCGUCGUCCUAAUUUGCCGAAGCUAGAGCUCAUCAAGUUUGACGGCAAUAUGGAGAAUUGGCAGGAGUUCUGGAUCCGCUUUGAGUCCAUCGUGCACUGUAAUUCAUCGUUGUCCAACAGUGAAAAGAUGUCCUAUUUGUCGUCUGUCCUCAAGGGAGAAGCCGCAGCUUCCGUUAAAGGGCUUCAACUUACAGGCGACAUGUAUGACACUGCGGUCAAAAUGCUACAGGAUCGAUUCGGCAAUCCAGACUCGCUCAUGCAGUUCCAUCUGAAGCGACUGUUAGCCAUUCAGGAGGUUCGUUCGACCCGAAACGUCUCCGAACUUAGACGUCUGCAUGACACAGCGCGGCGCAUAUCCGAAGUUUGGAAGCGUUGGGAACUGGAUUGA